CUGGCGCUGCACUGAGCAUGCGCACACGUCGUCUUGGCUCUUCCUCUAAGUUUAGAAUGGUGGGCGAACCGCGCCUGAUCGUAGUGGGUUAGAUAAAAGUAAUUUCGAAAGCAACUCAAAACUUCAGGGGUCGACCAGCGUUUCAUGGACGAUACUGGCCUGCAUCUCUCAGACAAUACCAUUACUGGAAUGCUGGACACUGAGUCCCCAGCGAUGGAUAGCAAUGGGGAUGCCUUUCUUCCUGACCUACCUGUUCUAGGCCAAGCUGCUGACUGGUCCAUGGACCAGGUUGCUCCAGAACCACUUACCAACAUAUUGCCUGAGCAUUCAGAUGCAUCUCAGGAUGCCCUGGGGCAACAGCAGCAAUCAAGCGAGCAGAUGAAUUCCACAGAGCUGGGAUCUGUGGAGAAAUCUGUUGAGCAGUUUCAGCUUGCCAGUGCUCAGCUCUUCCAAGGGGAACAGCCGGCACCUCCGCCACAGCCCCCAGAAGAAUCAGAGCAGUCAUCAGACCUCAAAACAGAGUCUGGAGAUUCUCAGCAAACCAGUCAGCAUAUGACUGUUGAACCAGAGGCUUCUGUACAGGAUGGCGGUCAAGGGGAUGGCAUGGAGCUGGAGGAACCAUCGAAAGAGACCACUGAAGAAUCGACUGUUCCUACAGAACCAGAGCUUCCCAGUGAAUUUGAAAAACUCUUUAACGGGUGUGAGGAGAACCCAGAAGACUUCAAUGGUUGGGUUUACCUGCUGCAGUAUGUGGAGCAAGAGAAUGUCCUUACAGCUGUGAGGAAGACCUUUGAUGCAUUUUUCCUUCGUUAUCCCUACUGCUAUGGCUACUGGAAGAAGUAUGCUGAUAUUGAGAAAAAGCAUGGCAAUAUACAAGCUGCAGAAAUGGUUUACAGCAGAGGUUUGCAGGCUAUUCCUCUCAGUGUGGAUCUGUGGUUGCACUACCUGGUCUUCAUCAAAGAAAACUCAGACCUGACUGACCCAGAGACUGAGGGACGCAUUCGAGCUGCCUAUGAACAUGCAGUGCUUGCAGCAGGCACAGACUUUCGCUCAGACCGUCUGUGGGAGUCCUACAUCAACUGGGAGACAGAGCAGCAGAAGCUGGCUAAUGUCACAGCCAUCUAUGACCGCAUCCUGGGCAUCCCAACCCAACUGUAUUCCCAGCACUUCCAGAGGUUCAAAGAUCACGUGCAAAGCAACAACCCCAAACACUUCUUGUCGGAAGAGGAGUUUGUUCAGCUGAGGCUUGAGCUGUCUAAAUCCAGCCUAGCGGCGAUGGUCGGUGAAGGUGAAGAGACACCUGUUGCUCAGGAGGAACUACCGCCUGGUACAGAGGAUCUUUCGGACCCAGCUAAGAGAGUGACAGAGAUUGAAAAUAUGCGCCACAAGGUGAUCGAGGGUCGGCAGGAAAUGUUCAACCACAACGAACAUGAAGUCAGCAAGCGUUGGGCCUUUGAAGAAGGGAUUAGGAGACCAUACUUCCACGUCAAAGCCUUGGAGAAGACCCAGCUGAACAACUGGAAGGAGUAUCUGGACUUUGAAAUUGAAAAUGGGACUCCGGAGCGCGUGGUUGUUCUUUUUGAACGAUGCCUCAUCGCUUGUGCCCUCUACGAAGAGUUCUGGAAAAAGUAUGCAAAAUAUCUAGAGGGCUACAGCAUUGACGGUAUGAGACAUGUCUACAAGAAGGCGUGUACCAUCCAUCUGCCCAAGAAACCAUCCAUCCACCUGCUGUGGGCAGCCUUUGAGGAGCAGCAAGGCAACGUCGAAGAGGCUCGUGGCAUCCUGAAGUCCCUGGAGGAGGCGGUCCCAGGUCUGGCCAUGGUGCGCCUUCGGAGGGUCAGUCUGGAACGUCGUCAUGGUAACUUGGAAGAAGCCGAGGCCUUGUUAAGGGAGGCCAUGGAGUCUGCGAAGAAUGCUACUGAGGCAUCGUUCUACGCUAUGAAGCUGUCCAGGCAGCAGAUGAAGGUGCAGAGAAAUCUUGCCAAGGCCAGGAAGGUGCUGCUGGAUGCUGUUGAAAAAGACCAGACAAAUCCAAAACUCUAUCUAAACCUGCUUGAGCUGGAAUUCAGCGGAGACGUGAUGCAGAAUGAGGCUGAGAUCUUGGCUUGUUUCGACCGAGCCCUGACCAGCCCGAUGCCUCUUGAAUCCCGCCUUCUCUUCUGCCAGCGCAAGGUUGAAUUCCUGGAAGACUUUGGCAGUGACAUCAAUGUGCUUGUGGCUGCAUAUGAGGAACUUCAGAAACUACAGAAAGAAAGCGAACCUACAAAGAGAAAAACGGAGAACGGGUAUGACAGCUCUGAAGAACCCGAUGCCAAGAGACAACGUGUGGACGACGCUUCGGUGGUUGCAGCAAACUCAAUGACAGACGCACAGGCUAACAACUCUGCAUACAACUACAACUGGUACCAGCAACAAUAUGGCGCUUGGGGACAAAAUUCCUGGGGGCAGUACAACCAAUAUGCCCAGUAUAACCAGUACUACCCUCCUCCUCCAACAUGAUGGGCAAAAUCCUGACAUGAAGAUUGAGACUUGGAGAAAAGCAUCCCUUUUGAUCCACCUGCAUCUCUGAACAGGGCUUCGCAACACGGUGUCAUGGAGAUUUCAGUCUAACCACAGAAAACUGAUUCUUUCCUUCUUUCUGGUUUAAAGUGUGCUAAUCAGUUAAAUUACACUUUGUAGCUGUUAUUUGAAGUAUGAAACACUUGGCCCUCCAUGGCAGUAAUGUUGAUCAGUCAUGUUUAUAAAAAAAAAACAAAACUUAAUAGCUACAUCCAUCAUCUCCAACACUGGCUGCUUUUUUGGGUUCUUUAUUGCAUGUUAUUUGUGAAGGCAGAUUUAAUUUUUCCCUGUGUGAUAAGGCUUUUUAAUUUUUAGAUCUAAUGACUUAGUUUGGUCUCUUUCUUUGUGUUAAAGAUUCAACCUUGUAAAGGAGGCAUUCAUUAAUGUACCUCUGAGCCGUGUUUGUUCUUCCCAAACUGAAAGAUUUUUAAUAUUUCAUGGUUAUGUUUCCAAAAAUGAAGCGUUCCUCCUUUUUUAUUUUGACUUGAUUUCAUAAUAAAGAGAUUGUUAUCCUGAA